UCCCCUUUGGCCAACCAGAUGCAUCCACCCCCUUUUUAUUCUUUUCCUGUGCGUCACGAGACAAUGUUGCGCGCAUGACAUUUGAAAAGUUGCGAUUGUGAGGGCAGCUUUAGUGGCACGUUGAAAAGCGCAGGCUUCGAAUCGAUCCUCCACCCCCAAAGUGUCGAAAGAACAACCCUCGGCCGACGACUCUCUUGUCGACUCGGAACACAACAGUUCAAAAGCAGCCGAAAGCAAACAUGGCGCUUGAUUUCGCAGCCACUUACAAGGUUCUCGUGUUGGGUGAUUCGAACGUCGGUAAAACCUGCAUCGUGCAUCGUUAUUGUGACGAACGUUACUACGACACUUACAUUUCAACCAUAGGUAUCGACUUCAAGCAAAAGAUAAUUAACCUGGAUGGGACACCAAUUAAGCUUCAAAUUUGGGAUACUGCUGGCCAAGAGCGAUUCAGAACGCUGACCACAGCGUACUACCGGGGUGCGAUGGGCAUCCUUUUGAUGUACGACGUCACCAGCUUAGAAAGUUUCAACCAUUUGUCCUAUUGGCUUCGAAACAUUCAAGAAAAUGCCUCCCCGGACGUGGUGAAAGUGUUGGCGGCAAAUAAAUGCGAUGCAACUGCGCACAGGGCUGUGGAUGCUGAAAGGGGACAGAAAAUAGCCGAGAACUUCGAUAUGCCUUUUUUCGAGGUGUCUUGUAAAGAAAAUAUUAACAUCGAAGAGGCGUUCCUUACUUUGGCUAGAAGAAUACGAGAACAACGGGGACGUCGGGCCAGCCUGUUCGAGGCUUCCGAAAGGGAAGGAGCCGACAGCGUGAUCAAGGCUCAGUCCCCAUCCCAACAGGGUGACGCUUGGAGAUGCACAUGUUAGUUUCUGUAAUUACGGGGAUCGGGACACGCUUCGAGUAUCGGUAAAUACGAAGUAAUUCUUAUCUAUGGUGGCGACGUGAAACUAAAGGGAAGUCGUUUCUCUGUGGGCAAAGGGCAAACGGGACGUGAAUAUACAGAAGGUAGAACGAGCUUUCCUUAUCCAAAAAGUAGAUCACGUGAGGCGUCUACGAUGCAGCCGUUCGCAAUACUCGAAUAUUCCAAAACACCAGCGUAAAUUUCGCACUCAUGUUCGAAUGGUUUAACGUAAAAAAAAAAAAGCACAAAUACAUUCUAUGCUAAGUGUUCAUAUUCGCUGAACAGACUUUUACCUCGACAGAACUGUGCUCUGACGUUACUAAAGUUUCAUUCUUAAACAAUUCGAAUCGUAUAACAUAUUUACAUGAAUAUAGGUUGUCGUUGGGGUAACUGGAAAGUCGUAGGUAAUGCAUUAUAUGUGAUUAGAUUAAAAAUUACUGUGACACUUAUGGGUCAUUUUCUAUAAAGGAUAUACGUACUUAUUAACUUCGAUCAAGCUUUGUAACAAUCGACAAACACUGAGGCUGAUUCAUACACCGAUGCAACAAACGUUUUAUAAACAUUUUUCAUUCGAUAUCGUGAUUUAGCAAUAACCAAUCUUCCGGAGACGAUCGUCUUUAUAAUCAGCUUGAUGAACGUUGUUGGCCCAUCGAACUUUGAAGUUAGGUUUCAGAGGAUUAGCAGUACAAAGGACAUACACAAUGCUUAAUGUUCACGUAAGGCCUAAAACGACAGUUAUUCGUGUUUUUGCUGCUUCAUCGAGCGCAAUUGCAAACACUUGACAACACUAUUAAUCGAGGACCAUUGCUUUUCCAUUGUCAGGGGAGGGGCGUGCGUGUUUCGAGAUCGUUUGGCAUGCAGACGAUCCAAGUGAUUCAGUUUCAAUUUCCUGAUGUGCGUAAGACAAUUAAAACCUCCUUGGCUUUGUUCAAUGUAGAUCUGGUUUGGUUCGUCUGCAGGUCAAAAGUAACAGAGGGGAAUCACGCGAGUCGAGUUUCGAUUAGUGCGCUUUGAUAAUCACUACGGAUACACCUGGCGAAUUCGAAUGUAGAAUUAAAGGUUAAGUAACAUGUACAGGAUGAUAGAGUAUCGUCGUUCUAUUGGGAAAUAUGAGGAAAUAGUCCUGGUCACGGAGCUGGGAAGUUGGUACUUGGAGGGAAUGAAGUAAUAGGCCCGUCCUUUGGGGCACAUGAAUUGGUCAAAGAGGCUACAUCUAGUAAUUUCAUUAUGGAAUGAAGAAAGCAAAGGAAAUACACUCAGAAUGAAUGGGAAUUCAAAGUGUAGGCAUCUCAAAUCUCAUAGUCCUUCUAUGUCAAUCUGUGCCCUAGGCUUUGGGCCAGUCAAAAAAAUUGCAGAAGCUACUUUCCAGCUCCUUAUAGUACAGUAGAGGACAAUGUAGGCUUCUAUUGCCUUGGGCCUUGGGAGAAUCCAGGGAGAGCCCAGGGAGAGCCAAGGGAGGUGGGGCACUUAGCCUCUCCCUAGGCCCAUCCAAGACCAACGGCAAAUGACGAAUGCCUCCACCCUCGCCACUCACUCUAAACCUACAUUGCACCCAACUGUACAUUUUCUCAUGAUAAGAACUAUAAAAGAAUGAGUUUGAAGGGAAGGAUGAGAUUAAUGUUGGACAACGGUGAUGCGACUCGUUCGAGACCAGAAUAUUAUUGUACGCGAUAGUAAAGAUAUUAACGAUAGAAUUAUAUACAACGCGCUCGAGCAUUAUGUAUAUUUUAGAAGGACGCAUUAACUCAUUAGUAACUCAUUAUUGUAUAGAGGCACGGUAAUUAGCGCGUACAAGCAUCGCACAAUACUUUCGUAGAUGCAUAGAUAUGUACACAGUCGUUGUCUUUUAACUUAAGACCACCAUCAUCGUAUUCGUAUUCCUCGUUUACGCUGGCAACAGAAAAUAAAGCCUUUAUUGUGCCUACCAACGAUUUAGAAGGAACAGACAGUGGAAGCGAAAGUAGGUGAACGAACUUCGAGCCUAUGAUACUUUAACAUUUGGAUAGUAUACUACUACGUUUAUUUUUAUAUAAAUUUUAUAAAAUUAUCCAUUAUAGACCUUUGCCAAAAUAUGUUUAGUUACAUUUACAUAACGUAUAACUAUCCGCUUGUUAAUUUACAAGUAAAAUAUCAAAAAUUCUUUAGAGCUCAUUGUUUCAAUUUUUCUUCAAAGUUAAACGAUACCAUUACAAAAAUUACUAACUGAAAUGUAGUCAGACUCAACGCAGAGUCAUAAAUUUGUCAAAGUUCGUUCAACUACUUUAAUAAUUGUACUCUGUACAUUGCGGACUGACACGCUGGAAGAUUGAUCAGUAUCGCGGGUGAAAGAACGUGCGCGGAAGAUUGUCAAGGUGCGUUAUGCGAGUUUCGUUGCUCGUACUCGAUCGUUUUCGUAGUAGAAGUCAACGAAUCAUUUACAAUUCGUGUUCGACGGUCGUUGCCUUUGCAAUGCGGUAGAACUUCUAUUACUUCUGAUCUCAAUUUCCCAUUUAUUAUCUCAAUUAUUAGUUUCCAUCAACUUGUCACAGUCGUAAAACUGAGCGAUUGAAUAGAGUGGAGGUUCUACCAUAUUUGCAAAAUGAUACACAGGAGAGUCAGAAGCUGAUACACCUUUUCAGAAUUUGUUACAUAAUUUCUGUGUGCAUACUUCAAUUUCCAUUUCUGAUAUUUUGUGGUGGAAAGAGUUGUAGAAUAGUAUAACUUAACUUAACAGUGAUAAAAAAUUACAAACUUUUUUUGAAAUUUAGUACUUGCAAAACAUAUGUACCAACUCCUGACCCUCAUACGUAUACUGUUUGUGUAUGUGCUUUAUACACAGACACAUGUGCACACAUUACACGCACACUUAUCUGGAAACCACGAUACGGUCGUACACCUUCGUUGCUUUUUAUAUAUUUAUAUAACUCGUCGCAAAUUUGUAUAAACACCAACGACUUCGACUGCUUGCUAGCGUUAAGACGACCCAUUACUCCAGUGCUUUCCACCAAGGGUCCUUUACACACUUUCUUCCCUUACCACAUUAGGCUGUUGCUCAAUAAAGAAAAAAGAAUGAAUCUAUGCAGAAAAGAAUUUGAUUCAAAUAAACUGUGCUUAAAACAGAAGGGGAAAGAGUGGAGGUUUCACUUUAGCUUCGGAAACAAUGUCUGGAAAGCACUGUAUUAUGCCUUGGAUCAGCAACUGGAUGAGAAAUUGAACAACGUUUCCCAAAUUGGUUUUACUGUAGAUUAAAUGCUGACAUACAAGCAACAUAUGUAUAUUUGUUCAAGGUUUAUCAAUGAACAUUCUUUGUUGAUUAUGUAUAAAAACAAGUAGCUUUGAAUUAGGCUAUGUAAAGAUUAAUCUUGAAGAUAAGUUCAAGUAAUGACUCAUAAUUUUUAGGUAGGGGAAGCAUAAUGAAUUUAUUCGUGAUAAGUUAUUGUUUUAAUUCAUGAAAUGUAUAUUUUAUGUAAGUAGAUGAUGCUUGGUCAUUUGGGAAGCGUUAUAUUGAAAUGACAGGGAACUUGAAUGGUGAUUGUUUACUCACUAGACAUCUUUUCAUUGUGUUUAACUGUUCUUAGCCAUUGUUUUAGUAGCUUAACAACGAAUCAUAGUAUUCAUGAAAAGAAUUAAGUUCAGAACAGUGUAAUAGACAACAUGUUGACUGCCACAGUAACAAGAAUUAAUAUGUUAAUGAAUAUUAAUGAUAUUUUAAGUUUUCUUCCUUCUUCUAAUUAUGUGUUUCAUGAAAUUAAAUUUCUGUUACUGGCCAAAAAGUGACUUGUAGAACAGUCAACAUGUUAAACUGAGAAUAAUAUACUGCCCAAAGUGAAUUUGUAGCUUGUGGCUAGUAGAAUUGUUUAUAUUUCUUUAGAAGGGGCGCUGGAUCGUUUACCUAUUCUUGGCUCUUCACGGAAACGUUUCGUUUCUUCCCUGAAGCUGGUCUUUGGGUAAAAAAUUCGUGAGAAACGUUUUUUAUACGACUUGGUUGAUUCUUUCUGAUAAUUAGGCGCAACGCACAUUCGUACGUACGAAAAUGUUUUGGCGCUACGUCGACGUCGCAAGACAAUUGAAAAAGCUUAUUUUAAAAAAUCCUCUAUCCGUUGUUCUUUUCCAAGCGGAAAUCCAUUUUUGGUGAACGUACAGACAAACCUGCUUUUUUAAUUUACGCUAUAAGAAACACACAUAAGUGAAGCACGUUUGAAAAAGAGAAUUCUGUUCGUUCACUUAAAUAGAUUUAAUAUUGAAAUAUAUACUUGAUGUCACGAGAGUCCAUAACUAAUGUAAGACGCGCAGGUUGGAAGAUGGUGGGGGAACGCAGCGAGCUCUCCGCCAAUCGCUUUCCACUUCCUCUGGAAUAUCGCCAAUCAGAGCGACAAUGCGCAGAAAAGAACGAAAACUGGUCUUUUCGCAGUUAUGGACUCUCGUGACAUCAAGUAGAUGUCUAGAUAGUCUAGUUACAGCUUUUAUUACGGUUUACUUUAUCGUUUAUCAUAAGACUAAUUCACGUGUUUUAGUUGACCGAUACUAUCAGUCUAAAUAUAUAUACAUAUAUGUAUACGUUUAUAAAUUUUUAAGUUCGUAGGGACAACUGUACAACUUGAUGUCUAAAUCGGUAAUAAAUAAAGAUGCACACUUUUUACCU